UGCAACAGCCGGCAGGACUAACCGGAGCAGCAAUCACGGUUGAGCUCUGAUUUACCUGCGGAUGAAUCAUUUACAACAAAGUGAACCGGGUGCAAACGAGCAUUCACCUGCAGGACUAUGGAAGCAAACCAGAAGCUCUACCAAAUCAUUUAAAAAACGGACUUUAACCUGCAGGAUUUAAAAGCCUCAUUUAAUCUGGAUUGGAAUGACUGAGCACCUUGGAGAACCGCGGAAGUUAAAAUAUCCCUAAAGGAGGAUGAAUGUGAUUUUUCUAACAGUUUUAACGCCAUUUUUUGCGUUUUUAAACCUAUUUUAAAACACCUGAAGGUUGGACAAAUGACACUGGCGCUUAGCCUACAGAAAACGUGAGCAUGUAACGUUAAUGUGAAAGUUUACUACAAGAUUUAACGGCGGAUUUAAAUCCUGAGAUUGGCAUAUUUUUUUUGCCAAACUUUUAAACUUUUAUCUUCAGAUUUCCAUCAGCACCUUCCCUUAAAGACUGCCGUGAAGAAGAGAUCUACACAACGACUGAAAAGUAUUUUCCCCCUCGAUAACACGAGUUUUAUGGACAUUUUUAUUGUUUCCAUUGGAGUAAAAAGCGGAUUUAAUAUUUAACGGUUGUUGCCAUAGUGACGGGCAUGGGUUCGCGUUUAGUUAGUUUACCAUCACCAGUCACCACAUCUACGUUUAAAACCAAUUAAAAAACCUUAAAAUCGCCAUGAAGAGGAAACAAGACACCCGCUGAGUUAACGGGAUAAAUAAUUCAGCCGCGGUGGAAGUGGAUGACCUGCUGCGAGAGGAUGGCUUGUUGGAAAGAUGGCACCACUCUCCUGCUGCUUCUGCUCCUGCUCGUCCUGCGCCCGGUCAGCGGGCGGUUGCCUCGGCACCGGAGCUUAAGGAAAGCUCGAGGGCAUCAUGAACACCGGCCGCAACAAAACAUCACACUGGCUGUCAUCUUACCGCAGAGCAACACAGAUUAUCCUUGGGCUUGGCCUCGCAUCGGCCCCGCCUUGGAGAGGGCCGUCAGGAAUGUCAACGCCGACCCCACCCUGCUCCCUGACCAUCAACUCGUCUACGCCUUCAAAAACAGCGAGAACAAAAACGGCAUCUGCUCCGAGUCCAUCGCCCCGCUCAUGGCCGUGGACCUGAAAUUCGCCUACGACCCCUGGGCGUUCAUCGGACCCGGCUGCUCCUACACCGCCUCCCCCGUCGGCCUCUUCACCACCCACUGGGAUGUUCCCAUGGUGACGGCAGGCGCCCCGGCUGUGGCCUUUUACGGUGGUGUCUACCCGUCCAUCACCAACACAGGCCCCACCCACAAGAAGCUUGGGAAGUUCGCCCUGCGGAUCUGCGAGCACUUUGGGUGGCGGGAGCACGUGAUGCUCAUGUUCAACGACAACAAGGAGGAUGAUCGGCCGUGUUACUUUGCAGUGGAGGGUUUGUUCACGGAGCUGAAGAGCAUCAACAUUUCCCUCGUCGACAGAGUGUUUGAAGAGAACAAGCCGCCCAUCAACUACUCCCAAAUCCUCUCCGACGUCCAGAACGACGGCCGAGGUGAGUCUAAAACCACCAGCUACAUGUUGGUUCAUGUGAAACGUGAAUUGUUGAUUUGGAUUUUUUUCAUUGGGGCAUAAAAAGAUGAGAAAGUA